AUGACGCUAGGUGGCGUGCGAGCAACCAGGCGACUGCUUUCGCGAAUAGCCAUGGCAGACACGGAGCCUAAUGCGCAACAGCCGCCCGCCCUGGUGUGCCCGGAGGAAGCGCCACUGUUAAACCAAGACACACUUAACCCGCUUGCCGCAGACACUUCUCUCGCUGACGACGAUGAACCAACCGACAGCCAUGCGCUCGCGAACCAAACUGCCGUCAACGCCGAUCGAUUCGGAGUCAAUCGCCGCAACUCCAACUACAAAGAGGUGUUGGACCUAGGAUGGAACGAAGAGGACAAAACUCGGCUUCAGCCUAUUGUCCAGGGUAUCGAGAAUGAGGAGCUAUGGGCACUGGUGCGCCGUUUCAACAAGCAAGCCUUCAAGGUGCGAACAGUUGAGCAGCCGCCGCUCGCCAACCUCGACAUGAACAUUGCAGACGAGGAGGAGUUCUCGCCGGAAAAGCUGCGCGCGCAUCUGGAGCGAUGCUACGUCUCGGUUGUGGUGCCUGUCUGCGCUGCGUGGAACCAUGUUGUCCGAUUGCGUUCUUGGAACGAGCGCGAUCGUACACUGUCGUUUCUUGCAGUUUACCUUUGCGCUUGGUUACUGGAUCUUCUCGUUCCCACGACGGUGUUAUUUUUCAUCAUCUUGAUUCUGGCGCCCAGAGCACGAAAAGUCGCUUUUCCAACGGCGCCGAUCUCUCUCAUUGAUUCCGGAACCGGCAAUUUGCAGACACCAGCGGCAGGAGUCGCCGCUACGGAUGACACCUUGACAGGUGCACCAGAAAAGGUUCAAGGCGAGGCUGUUGAACAAGAGGCUCACCAUUUUGUCAAUACACUUGGCUCGGUCGCUCUCAGCACUACGAUCGGAGGCCCUUCGCAGGAUGACGAGGACGAUACUGGUACGGCGCCAGGCGCCGAUAAAUUGAUUGAAAAGGUUUCGGAAGCGAAAGCGAGUGCUGCAGAGGGCGAUGCCGGCAAAGCCCACGAUGCGACACGGCAGCCCGCCUCAAAAAUGGUCUGGCAGCGCACCAAACCUUUUAUGCACGCAAUCACUGAUCUUGCCGACACAUGGGAACGUUUCGCAAAUGCACUGAAUGCGACGCCUCCUUUUCCCAAAUCGCGCCCUAGAAUCAAACUUGCUGCACCUUUGCUGCCCAUUGUCGUGGCAUCGUAUUUUACCACGCCUUACAUGCUCACGAAAAUUUCUGGACUCGUGCUUGGAUUUCUGCUCUUCGCCAAACCAUUGCUGGAUCGUGCAGUUAAGGUGCUAGGAAGGACCUAUCCGCGAUGGCAGCGUUUUGUCGAACUGCGACACUCGGUUCUGAAAGGCGUACCGACGAAUGCGCAGGUCACCAUCACGCUUCUUCGGAUUGGCGAGAAGAACAAGGCGCCUAUUCCCGCUCCGCCGGAUCCGGAUGCGGUAGCUGGCAAACAAAACCCCCAUCUCAAAGAAUCGGGGGACUACGAUGGCUCUUCGAGCGAAGAUGCUAUCUCGCAAGGCCCAGACAGCACCACCAACCAGCAAGUCAGAAAGCGACCAGGCAAGGGACGCAGAGCUCUGGAAAUGCUGAAAGGCACUGUCAAAGGCGGCGUCACGACAGCUUUGGUAGCCGAUCGCGUCAAGGCAUUUGCUGGCGCACACCACGCCAAGGAAAGAGUAGGAGUCGUCAAUGACAGCGCCGAAACUCCUCCUGUCGGCCCCGUGCGUUUCGAAGCCCGCUACAAGGGAAAAAAGGGCUUCGCGUACGUGACGGAGACGGCGACGACACCGGCGCUCAGCUGGUCGCAGGGCGACGACGCCGCUGCAACUCCGUCCUGGACGAUCUUAGUGUCGGACAUUAAAGCACUUAAAAAGGUCGGGGGCUUUGCCUGGCCGAGCAAAAUGGUUAUCGGGUGGUCGCUGCAGAAGCAGAUUGUGGAUGGAUUGGUGAUUGAGACGGAGAAAGGGGCCGAGUACCACUUGACGGCGGUCUUGAUCAGGGAUGAGAUUUUCAAUCGGCUUAUUGCCUUGGGUGACCAGAUGUGGCAGUUGGAAUAG